AUGGAGAGGGGGUGGAGAGAGAGGAGAAAGGCGGGCAUCCUUUCAGCUCAGAUGCAGAUCCUAUAAGCCCUUAGGUUUACUGGCUUGAUGGAAAAUUACCUUGUGACCAAAAGGGGGAGGUCGGGAGGACUAGUAGAAAGUCAUAGUCAGUCGCCACUCAUCUUGAGAAGUACUCGGGGUAGCAGGGACGCGGGAUGGCCCGGGAGGAUGGCAGAUCGCAGGACGUCCCGCUCGUUCGUGGACAGGCUCAGAGGUCCUACACCUGCUUUCUCCGUGGCAACCUGUGGCUGGCGGGCGCUGCUCCUGCCCCAGCUAAACCGCCAGUCCCUGUAUGUCUACGGCAGUGAGAUAGCAGUGGAGAAGGAAUGCAUGAGGCAACUGCAGAGUGGGGUCCUUGUCAUCCACCCCUUCAGCCUUAUGAGGAGUUACUACAUUAUGGGUAUGAUGGCGAUCACCUUCUUGAACUUGAUCGGCAUUCCCAUGGAGAUAGCGUUCCUGGACAGAAACAGCGGGCUGGCUUGGGAAGGCUUUAAUGUCUUUUCAGACACGCUAUUCCUCAUCGAUGUGGCUUUGAACUUCCGCAUGGGAAUCAUCCGGGACGAUGCAGAGGAAGUUGUUUUAGAUUUAAAAGAGAUCCGACUGAGCUACCUGAGGACGUGGUUCAUUCCUGAUGUGAUAGCAGCGUUCCCAAUCGGAUACAUACUUCUGUUUGCGGACCUUCACUACCAAAAUGAUGACAACCCCUCCAAAGCCAACAAGAUGAUGAGGAUCCUAAUGUUUGUCCGCAUCCUGAGCCUCAUACGUUUGGCCCGAGUGUCUCGAUUGGUUCGCUUUUUCAACGAAGUGGAGAAAGUCUCUAAUGCAAAUCUGGAGGUGGUGAGACUGUUUUUCAAAAUCCUGUCCCUGUUCAUGAUGAUUUUCCUGUUGUGUCACUGGAACGGUUGCAUCCAAUACUUUGUGCCCAUGCUCGAGGAGUUUCCUGCAGACUGCUGGGUUAGACAAGAAAAUCUCAUGAAUGCCACAGUGCUAGCAAAAUACUCGUGGGGCAUAUUCCGUGCUUUGUCUCAGAUGAUCGCUUUGUCCUAUGGCUCUAUGGAUGCUCCUACAAACUAUGUGGAGAUGUGGAUCGUCAUGGUGAGCAUGGUAUCCGGGUGUCUCAUGUACACUGUGCUUGUGGCCAACACUACAGCUAUGAUUGCCAAUGUCGACCCCGCAGCAAAAGAAUACAAGAGCAAGAUGAGUCGACUUGAGCACUACAUGGCAUUUAUGAAACUACCUCCUGAGCUGCAGCUUCGUAUAACGAACUAUUAUCAAGCUCGAUACGGAGGCAAGUGGUUUGAUGAGAAGGAAGUCAUGAACACUGUGUCCUCAGCUCUCAAAGAGCAAAUCAUGGCAGUGAUGUGCAGUACUCUGCUGAGGAAAGUGCCAAUGUUUCAAAACAGACACGAGAACUUCAUAAAUGCCCUAGUGGUGAGACUGGAGUAUUGCAUUUUCCAGGAGGGGGACGCCAUAGUGCGAGAGAACGUCCCUGGAGACCACAUGUACUUCAUAGACCAUGGUCAGGUUUUGGUGGAGGCCGAUUCCUAUGAGAGGGAGCUCUGUGAUGGGGACUUCUUUGGAGAGUCGUGUGUUUUAACCAGAGGCAAACAUCUUGUCACAGCGAAAGCGCUCACUGACUGCCGAUGCUUCACUCUGUCCUGGGAUGAUUUCCAGGAAGUGCUGAGGACCUUCCCAGACGUCAAAAAGGACAUAGAAAAACAUUUUGUUAAUUCAGAUGGUGGACUUGUCUAAUAUAUAAGCACCAAUUCUGCUUUGAAUGGAUAUGCUUUUUGUAUGAUUUUACAGGGCUUUUUGACAAGAGGACAAUAAUUUAGCUCACUAGAAAAAAUAUAUUAUUUUGCGAAUGAGAUGGACUAUUUAUUUUUCUUAUAAUAGCUAUGAAUUAUUUUAUCUGCUAAUUACAGCGAGUUCUAUAAGCAAUAUUAAA